CUCGAAUUUAGUUGCUUUCGACUUUCUCCGAUUCAUUGACGUAUCACGGGUGUCAGGAUUCAGGCAGAUUCAGGGUCCAGGCUCUAGGUAGUCACAGAAGACGGAAUAUCGUCUGUGACGGGUGGAGGCUGGUCGCGGUGUUGUUUUUAAAACGAUAAAAAAACGCACUUCUUACUCGGAUUAUAAGCAAAAAAGGAGAUAAACAAUAAACGCGAAGCAUCAACAACCACUGUAGAAAAUGACGGAAACAGAGAAUAUCUUCCUGUUUGUGCCAAACAUUAUUGGUUAUGGAAGAAUAGUCUUAGCUCUUAUAUCGUUCUACUUUAUGCCAACCCACUAUGUAAUUUCAUCAUGGUGCUACAUAAUCAGCGGACUAUUAGAUGCAGUGGAUGGUCAUGCGGCCAGAUAUUUCAAUCAGAGCACAAGAUUUGGCGGAAUGCUUGACCAAUUGACCGAUCGUGUGGGCACUAUGUGCCUUUGCGUAACUCUGAGCCAAUUUUAUCCUACAUACAUGUUCUGGUUCCAAUUAAGUAUGGCCAUUGAUAUAGCCUGCCACUGGAUCUACUUGCACACAACACUUUUACAAGGAAAGACGAGCCACAAAUUCAUUGACAUGUCCGAGAACCCAAUCAUGCGACUAUAUUAUACAAAUCGUCAAGUUUUGUUUGUUAUGUGCGCUGGAAAUGAAGCAUUUUACGCCGCUCUGUACCUUCUACACUUUACCGAAGGACCCAUAUUGGCUGGUAUAAGCUUAUUCAGAGUGGUUCUCUACUUAUCAGCUCCAAUCGCAAUCGUGAAAUCUUUGAUCUCUCUUCUGCAUGGGUAUGUGGCAUGCAUUAAUCUGAGCAUCAUCGAUGUUAAGGAGCGUGAGGCACAACGUAAAGUGCGUUAAUCGUUAAGUUUAUCCCUACCCUGAUACUAGUCAGCCAAGAAAUCUAGCUUCAAUGAACUGUCUUAGAACUUUUGAAUAAAACAAAAGAAGAACAAAGAUAUUACUAUUCAGUUCAUUGUGUUCCAAAUUAACAGUACCGGUGUGAUAAUAACACGUGGCUAUUUAUGUUAGCUUAGUACCAAUUCAAAAGAAAUAGGAUUCAUUUCUUGAUAACCAUAGGCUGCAAGUAUUGAUGAGGUCAAACAUUCAUGGAAUAUUCAAGCUUGCAGCAUUGCGUUUAAACUCUUGAAUUUUUCGCCUGUCUGAACGUAAAUAUGUGUAUUGGUGGACUAAACCAUAACUCGUUAUGUUUACAAUUUAGAUAAAUGUUACUGUAAGUACUAAAUCAGUUUUCAUGUAUCGUUUUUAUGCAUGUUUAUUUACAAAUUAAUAUCAAGUUUUUAAAUACUGA